CGUAGUAGCUUGUUCCCGAGCGUUUGUCGCUCCACACAAAAACGUGCGCGCUCACUCAGUUUGGCAAAUUUGGCGCAUUGUUGAUGAUCGUACUUAUUAUAUUGAUCCAGGCGCUUUCAUUUAUCCUAGUUUGUGGAGUGGAAGUCGCGCUACGGCUUCAAAAUCACUGGUCUAGUCGAGCGCCAGAUGAGACGGCCUUCCAGUCGAUGAUGCAACAACCUCUGCGGUUCAAUCAAGCUCAUUGCCUCCUAGCAUUUUGCGCGGGAGCGUUGAAGCCAGUAGGCGACUGGGCCUCUCAGGUAUCUGUCUACGUCCAGGUAGAUCUAUCCCCUUGCAUUGGAUUCCCUGGGUUACUGCAUCCGGGCGCUGGGAGGUGACGGGACUAGAUAGUAAGGGGCCCUCGUGGGCUGGGCCCAAAACAAGUCACGAGGGGAGAUGAUGUAUGGGCCCAAGCAGUCUGCUCGAAGGUUUCAGUUCUCCGCCGGGCCACCCAGUUUACACCUUCGCUUCUGCUUCUGCGUGAUCCAGA